UGGGUUGAAUUUCAGUGUAAAGUCUUACUUUGGUCCGAAUCCUACUCCAGCGUCUAGAAUGUUGAAAAUAAUUUACCAAAAUACAUCAAACUAACAAAGCUACUAGGAAAAUGCGACACAAGCUGAAAGAAAACCGGCAUAUUUGCACGAUCGAACAGACGCGCAUUUCACAGGCGGAAAAUCGGGCCCUUCCGCGGCACGUCAAAAUCCUUCGGGCGCUGCAAAAGCUACGACUUGCCUCCGAUCAGCAUCCGUCCACGGAGAAGCACCUCAAAAGUUCCUACCAGAUCAUCAAGGAGAACGAGCGGCUUCAGCAAUGCUUUCCCGCCUUCAUCAUACAUCCCUUCAGCCUGCUCCGGCUGUACAGCGAUGUGGUCGUUUUCAUCGUGAUGAACCUGCACCUGAUGCUGCUACCGUUUGCGUUCAGCUUUUUAGCCUUCGAAACGCGCCCAACGCGACACCUGGUGGAGUACAUCGAUCUUUCGCUCUGUGUGAUCCUGGUAGUGGAGUUUGCGCUUACAUUCUGCACAGGAUUCGUGGUGCUGGAAACAAACGAAAUCGUCCUAAAUCCGAGGAAAAUCUUCCUCAACCGUUUGCGUCCCUUCCGGCUGAUAUACGAUCUGUUGCUGUUUUUCCCCUACAUACUGCUGCUGGAAGUGUUCGACGAGCUGAUCGUUGAGGCGGGUGCGGAAGCAUCGCUUGUGUUUGUGUCGUUCCUGUAUCUGUGCAAUAUUGCCCGGUUUCGGGAUAGUAAUCGGUACUUUAGCGUCAUUCCACGAUCGCUAGACAUUUCCCAGAGCAAAAUGCGCAUCGUGGAGGUCAUCAUGAACACGCUGUACGUGCUGCACUGGACCACCUGCCUUGGGUACAUUAUACCGGUGCUGCUGAAAGUCGAUUCUUCCGCCCGUACUUCCGAUGAGGAGGAACUGCUAGCUGCGAUGCAUCUCCCACAGCCCAACGUAUCCGCUGCACUGGAAAGGGUGGCCAAUCCGUUCGUACGGGUGCGCCUGACGGACCUCGACACCUCCACCGCCUAUCGCUAUCUGCGCAGCAUGAUGAUAACGCUACGGGUCGGGUUGGCUUCGAGCGAGAAGAAGGACAUUGAAGAGCACUACGUGUACCACUGGAUCAUGUGGCUGGUAAUGUUUCUCGGCUGGCUGUGGUUCAACUACGUGCCCGUUGUGCUAUGCAGGUUUUUCGACUCGCCCGAGAUGGCCACCGACCAGUACGACAAGUUUAUGGCCAACCUGAAAGCGUUCGUGUACAACAAGCGGCUGAGCGCCACGUUGGAGCGGAAGCUGCGCAACAACUUCGCCACCCGGUUCCGGACGCGCUACUUCGACGAGGAGAUGAUAAUGGGCCUGUUUCCCAGCAACCUUCGAAGCAGCAUCCGGAUGGAGACGUGCCGCCAUCUGGUGGCGAGUGUGGAUCUGUUCAAAAAUCUGCCCUACUUCAUACUGACGGAUAUUGUGAAUUGUCUGCAGCUGGAGGUUUACCUGCGGGACGAUGUGAUCAUUGCGGCGGGAAGUUACGGUGAUUCGAUGUACUUCCUGGCGGCCGGUACGGUGGCCGUGUACGCAAUGAACGGGAAGGAGCUAGGCCAUCUGACCGAUGGGGCGUACUUCGGGGAGAUAUCACUGAUCAGGCGCAACCAGCAGCGUACGGCGAAUGUGGUUGCGCUGGAGGCGUGUGAAAUCUAUCGACUGUCGCACGAGGACUUCCAGAACGUUGUUAAACCGCACGCCUAUCUGCUGAACCGGAUCCGCAAGCAGGCCGAGCAGCGGUUGGCCAUGAUGAAGCGAAAGAAGGACAAGAUGUAUGGGAAGAAGUUUUUCGAAGCAUUCUUACAAUGAAGCAAAGCAAAGGUAUGGUCAUUUUGGAAUUGAUGUUAUUGUAAGAUUAUUAUAAACCAAAAUUUGUAAAACAGGAUUUACGGCCAAUCGAUCUGGCAA